AUGGCCACAGAAGCACGGCUGCUCAAUCUUAAACAGCAAAUUGUUGAUGAAGUUCCUCUGGUUCAAUUUGUAGAUAGACUAGCCAUUCCGCGUCGAUCUCUGCUUAGACAUACACAUCCACCUCCUUCUGGACCACUACUUACACCUCUUCCUAGAGGGGAACAAGCGGAAGCAUUUUUCGAGAUUCUAGAACUUUUGGACUCAAAUGGAAGUAAAAUUGGUGCAAUGGCAGAGAAAAUUAACGAUAUGCAGAAUAUUGUCCUCUCUUCUAUUCAACAAACGUUAGACGAAGUUUAUGAUUCUUUGACGAACAAGGUUAGCAGACUGAUGAGAUUGCUCUCAAUUCACUGUGAUGUAAAGAUGAUAAAGGCGGUAGGAUUCAAGUCUCAAUUGUUUGGCUACAUAGUACCAAUUACAAUUUUAGAUUUUCCAGAAAAUCAACAAGCGAUCAUGGUCGCAGAAGCACGACGGCUUAAUCUUAAAAAAAGUAAAUUGUUGAUGAAGUUCCUCCGGUUCAAUUUGUAG